AUUAAAUUGCGGGCCGAAAUGGUAGUCUACACCUCAGUAAGCACGAGCCGACGUUUUUUGGACUUCUUUGUUUGUGUUUUACAAACGGUAGGCUUACCACAGAUGAGAAUUCAUAAAAUUAAAUUUCAGGCAACACUGUGGGCUACAUCUCAGUAAGCACGGCCGGGCGACGCCUUUCGAUGUCUUUUUUGGUGCAGUUACGGACCGGCCUUGAUUUCCACAUCCACAUCCACAUUGGUUUUUGGUCCGGUCCGGAACAAAUCUGAACCAGUCAUAGACGUCGAUGUGUGGUCCAGACUGGCCUUUAUUUCAAUGCCCACGGUCAUUGAUUUUUGGUUUGGUCUGGACCAAAUCUGAACCAGACAUUGACCAAUCAUAGAGGUCUAUUUUUGGUGAUUUUGUCCAGUCUGGACCAGCCUUGAUUUGGCCCAAACAUAUGUCUAUAAAUUACUUAUUUUCAACUUGCAUUCAGAACCAAAAACGAACCUGAUUCCAACAUCCGGAAAAUACGUAUUUUUCAACGUCCGAAAAAUAUSUAUUUUCAACGUCCUGGAAAAUAUUAUUUUAAACACUCAGAAAAUAUAUUUUCACCUUUCAUUUUGCUUAAAGGGACUGUUCUAGUUUUCGGGGCAGCAUUGGUCUGGCAGAACGGCAAGUACCGGCCCUGAUAAGUGCUAUAGUGAAAAUUGAUGGUAAAAUAAAGUUCCAUUCCAAUGUUUUUUAUAUAUUUCUGCGCAGCGACACCCCUCAUUUUCUUUUCCAAAAUCAGAUCACUUUACCAAGAGGAGGAACUGGUAGAAACACCGCUCCCCAAUGUGAGUGAAGUUGGCUUUUUACUGGAGCAGGCUGGAGUGGGACUGGGCAGAGAGGAGAUGCUGAAGGUUUUUCUGGCACUCAAGCAGUUGGUAAAUUCCCAACCACUAGCACGCUGCCGACUCUGGGGUAAGAUCCUGGGCACUGAGGGCAACUAUCUUGUUGCUGAGGGUGAGUACAGAGAUGAGGAGGAAGGGAUUCAUGAGGAAACAGCGGAAGACGCAGAAGGAGAACCUCGGGAUGAUGAUGAGGAAGCUGAGAUGGUGGAAGUGAUUGAUACACUCCCAAGAUCCACUUUCAAGCCGCCACCUGUGGUGCCAAAGGAGGACAACCGCACAGGUGUGAACAAAUUCACUUACUUUGUGUGCAGAGAGCCUGGCCUUCCCUGGAUGAGGCUGCCCACUGUCACUCCUACCCAGAUUACAGCUGCGCGCCACAUCCGCAAAUUCUUCACAGGGAGACUGGAAGCCCCCAUUGUUAGCUAUCCUCCUUUCCCUGGCAAUGAGGCUAACUAUUUGCGAGCCCAAAUUGCUCGCAUCUCUGCCAGCACACAGGUCAGUCCCCUUGGGUUCUACCAGUUUGGAGAGGAGGAAGGUGAGGAGGAAGAGGAGGGAGCCCGAGACAGCUUUGAAGAGAAUCCUGACUUUGAGGGUAUUCCUGUUCCUGAAAUGGCAGAAUCUCUAUCCACCUGGGUGCAUCAUGUCCAGCACAUUCUCCAACAGGGUCGCUGUGUGUGGGUGAACCUGGCUGAGAAGCCUGAGGAUGACUUUGAGGAGGAAGCAGAUGAAGAGGUGAAGGAGGAGGCUGAUGAGCCUGAGCCAGAGGUGGGCCCCCCCCUCCUCACACCACUCUCUGAGGAUGCAGAGAUUACCACCACCCCUCCCUGGAGCUCCAAGAUGUCCUCCACCCUCAUCUCUCAGUUUGCUGUUGCAGUGCUACGCUCCAACCUCUGGCCAGGGGCUUAUGCUUAUGCCAGUGGAAAGAAGUUUGAGAACAUAUACUUUGGCUGGGGCCUGAAAUUUGCAGGGGAAGUCUACACUCCAACUUUUCCAACAAUGCCCCAGCGAGAAUACACCAGCGGGCCAGAGAUCACAGAGGCUCUGGACCCCAGUCUGGAGGAAGAGCAGGCCCUGAAAGCAGCCCUGGAGGAGCAGAAGGCUGCCCAAGAUGAGACAGGGGGCCUGGGUGGAGAUGAAGAGGAGGAUGAUGAUUGAGGAAGACUUUGUAGGAAACAGACACUACAUUACAAAAUUGACUGUUGACUAAAGCCAUAACUUGUCAAGGUAUCACAAAUUAAACAAUUCGCAGAGCAAUGUCCUGUGCCUCUUUUUUUUUUACAAUCACAAAGCUGUUUUUGAAGAUGAACUGAGAAAAUUAUGUUUGUGCAUUUAAUUCA